AUGUCAAGUAUAGUGUCUAGUCCUGGUAUCAAGGACGCGGAACUAUUGGUAGACAAACCAAUCUACGCGAGACCUUAUGUUUGGCCAUUUGCAAUUGUAUAUCCCAUUUUUCUUCAACUAUACUUGACUCAAUAUGAAACUUACUUUGUGGGUAGAGAAUGGACUUUUGUUUACAGUUUGACCAUAAUCUCAAUCAACUUGUUAUUUUGGUUAAUGCCGCAUUGGAAUAUCGACAUCAACUCCAAAUUCAAUUAUACCAAAGUUGACAAGAUCGACGAUGCCACGUUUAUCAAAAUCACCCCAGCACCAAAUUCCGGUGUUGGUGAAAUCAGCCGUAUUAGUCGUGAAACUUUCCAUGAUGGGGAAAAGCAAACAAGUUUUUUGUAUCAAAAGAGAAGGUACUUGUAUCACCUUGAGACAAAGAAGUUUUCGCCACCAGAGUUUGAAUUUGAUUCGUUACCAAAAUUGAAUGUCUAUCAAACUACCAAAGGUUUGAGCGGAGAUUUACAAAAACAGUACAGAAACUAUGGAUUGAACAAGUUUGACAUUCCAAUCCCAACAUUUUUGGAAUUGUUCAAGGAACAUGCCGUGGCUCCGUUUUUUGUAUUCCAAAUAUUCUGUGUUGCACUUUGGUGUAUGGAUGAACAAUGGUACUAUUCUCUCUUUUCGUUGUUUAUGUUGGUUUCAUUCGAAAUGACCACGGUUUUCCAAAGAAGAACUACCAUGGCUGAGUUUCAAAGUAUGGGUAUCAAACCAUAUGACAUUUAUGUUCAUCGUGAUAACACCUGGCAAAAGAUCUCCACUAGUGAUUUGUUACCUGGUGACUUGGUAUCUAUUACUAGAACUAGUGAAGACAGUGCCUUGCCCUGUGAUUUGCUCUUGGUUGAUGGUUCAGCCAUCGUGAAUGAAGCCAUGUUGUCGGGAGAAUCCACGCCAUUGUUGAAGGAAUCAAUCAAAUUGAGACCAAGCGAGGAUAAUUUGCAGCCAGAAGGAUUUGACAAGAACUCGAUUUUACACGGUGGUACCCUGGCUUUACAGGUAACCAAACCUGAAAAAUCUAUUGUUGCUGCAGCACCCGAUAAUGGAUCUCUUGCUGUUGUCACCAAGACUGGGUUUGAGACAUCACAAGGGUCUCUUGUUCGUACAAUGAUUUUCUCCAGUGAGCGUGUAUCUGUUGGUAAUAAAGAAGCGUUUUUGUUUAUUUUGUUCUUGUUGGUAUUUGCCAUCAUUGCUUCAUGGUAUGUUUGGACAGAAGGAACACGAAUGGGAAGAGUUCAAUCAAAGUUAAUUUUGGACUGUAUUAUUGUCAUUACUUCAGUUGUUCCACCUGAAUUACCCAUGGAAUUGACUAUGGCUGUGAACUCGUCAUUAUCGAAAUUGCAAAAGUUUUACAUUUACUGCACUGAACCGUUUAGAAUCCCAUUAGCUGGUAGAAUCGAUGUUUGCUGUUUUGACAAGACUGGUACUUUAACUGACGAGGACUUGGUCUUUGAAGGAUUGGCCGGUUUCAAAGAUGAUGACAUUCAUCACUUGUACAAGGCUUCUGAUGCCCCAACUACUACUUCAUACGUUUUAGGAUCAGCACAUGCUUUGGUCAGAUUGGAUGAUGGAGAUGUUGUCGGUGACCCAAUGGAACAAGCUACUUUGAAUGCUGCUCAUUGGACUGUUGGAGCAAACGAUACUGUUGAAAGAGAAAAUGGUAAAAAGACUGAAAAGAUCAAGAUUUUACGUCGCUUCCAAUUCUCAAGUGCGCUCAAAAGAUCUUCCACCAUUUCUUCGAUUAAUUCAGUUCCUGGUAAAAAUUUUGUUGCUGCUAAAGGUGCUCCUGAAACUAUUCGUAAAAUGAUUGUUGAUGCUCCUGACCAUUAUGAGGAUAUUUACAAAUCGUUUACAAGGGCUGGUUCGCGUGUUUUGGCCUUGGCUUACAAGUAUUUGGAUACAAAUGUCAACGUCAACAAGGUUAAGCGAGAGGAAAUUGAGUCCAAUUUGCAUUUUGCUGGAUUUAUUAUUUUCCAUUGUCCAUUGAAGGCUGAUGCUAUUGAAACUAUCAAGAUGUUGAAUGAGUCUUCUCAUCGUUCGAUUAUGAUUACUGGUGAUAACGCUUUAACUGCAUGUCACGUAGCUAAAGAAGUUGCCAUCACUACUAAAGAUGUUUUAAUCUUGGAUGUUCCUGAAGAGCACCAUGAAGCUGAUAGCGCUGACUUGGUGUGGAGAAAUGUUAGGGAAACCGUUGUGAUUCCAGUCAAGUCUAGCGAUAAGAUUGAUUUUAGUAAAUUGAAACAAUAUGACAUUUGCUUAACUGGAUACGCAUUGAGCUUGUUGAGUGGACACGAACAAUUACUUGACUUGUUAAAGAGAAGCUGGAUUUACGCUAGAGUAUCACCAUCGCAAAAGGAAUUUAUCUUGACUACAUUGAAGGAUGCUGGGUACAAUACAUUGAUGUGUGGUGAUGGUACCAAUGAUGUUGGUGCAUUGAAACAAGCCAAUAUCGGUGUUGCUCUCUUGAAUGGUACUGAAGAAGGUAUGAAUAAGAUUCUUGAAAAUAGAAAAAUUGAAGCUACCAAGAAAGUUUAUGAUAAGCAGGUGCAAUUAUUUGCCAAUUGGGGUAAGCCAGCACCAAAUGUGCCACCAAUCAUUGCUCACUUGUAUCCUCCAGGCCAAAACAAUCCAAAAUAUUUGGAAGCAAUGGAAAAGAAGGGUGUUACAAUUACAGAUGACAUGAAGCAAGCAGUGGCUCUCGCAAUGAGACAACCAGUGAAAAUACCUCAACCAGGUCAAACAGCAGUUCCAGCUGAUGGUGGAAAAUUUGCCGACACUAUUCUUGGGGCCUUGAAUGAUGCUGAAGCUGAAGAUGAGGUGCCAACUUUAAAAUUGGGUGAUGCAUCAGUCGCAGCUCCAUUCACUUCGAAAUUGUCCAAUGUUAGCGCUGUCACCCACAUCAUUCGUCAAGGACGUUGUGCCUUAGUUUCGACGAUUCAAAUGUACAAGAUCUUGGCGUUGAAUUGUUUGAUUUCUUCCUACUCACUUUCAGUAUUGUAUUUGGCUGGUAUGAAGUUUGGUGAUGGACAAGCAACCAUUUCAGGUAUCUUGUUGUCUGUUUGUUUCUUGUCGAUUUCUCGUGGUAAGCCAUUGGAAAAAUUAUCCAAAGAAAGACCGCAGGAUGGAAUUUUCAACACUUACAUUAUGGGAUCCAUUUUGGGACAAUUCUUCAUUCAUAUUGUCACUUUGGUGUACAUCACUCGUGAAAUCUACAUUAUUGAACCAAAAGAGCCUUCAGUUGAUUUGGAAAAGAAGUUUAAUCCUUCGUUGUUGAAUACAGGUAUGUUUUUGUUACAAUUGGCUCAGCUGGUUUCCACCUUUGCUGUCAACUACAUUGGAUUACCAUUUAGAGAAAGUCUUACUGAUAACAAAGGUAUGUAUUAUGGAUUAUUGGGAGUUGCCGGCUUAACAUUUGCCGGAUCAACUGAAUUCAUGCCUGAAAUCAAUGAAGCUAUGCAAUUUGUACCAAUGACGAGAGAUUUUAAAGUUAAAUUAACUGGAUCAAUCAUAGUUGAUUUGGUUGCUACGUGGGCGAUUGAAACGGUGUUGAAACAUUUCUUUAUGAACUCUCAAGCGGCCGAUAUUGCCUUGAGGGAUGAAGACUUUGAAUCAACACCAAAGAUUGAAGCAGUUGAAAUAGUUGAGGAAAAGGUUGAAGUAGAGUAG